AUGAUUGCCUCAUUAUGUUUAUCCAAUUUAAAAAAUAAUGAAAAGAAAUUAUUUCAUUAUUUGUCAAUAAGAUGUUCCAACAGUAAUGCAGGGAUUAACUUAGCAGCUCAUAAGAAAAAAAAAAAUGCUGAAAAAGUCACAAAAUUUAGUAAACAUACAGAAAUAAAGUACAAUAACAAUGGACGCAUAACCUAUCAAAAGAAAAAAUUUACAAGUAUCUCUUCACUUUUGGAUAAAAAUGAAAAUGGAAGAAAAGUAUGUAAAAAUGAUUAUUUCAAAUUAAUGAGUAAUAUUAUGUCCCCCAUCUUCGUAAGCAGGAACUAUCUAAAGGGAGAGGACAAAUUGGAAGAGAAAAAAAAAAAAAAAAAAAGUGUGAAUAUAAAUAGUACAAUAAAAUCACCAAUUAUACAAUUUAACAGGGAUUGUAGUAUCCCACAAUUCAGUAAGCUCUUCUACAUGGAUAGUAGAAGUUGUUGCUACAUGAAGAGAACAUUUGUAACAUCAAAAAGUGCAAAUUGUGGAAAUUUCAAGGAGGAAGUAAAGAUAAAAAUGAACAAAGUGCAUGAAGUAAACAAUAGAGGGGAGGUCAAUGAAUCCUCAAAUGGUGGUGAAAAUGAAUGCACUAACCAUUCUUCCGUUGCACAAACUAGUAAAACGUUUAACAGUUGCAAAAGUGAUGAAACAUUAAAUAGCAACAAGAGCAAGAAAACAUUAAGACAAAUAUAUCUGCACAAAAAAGAAAGAGAAAAAAUGAUAAAAAUGUAUUUACUUUUAAGCCUUCUUUUAAUGCCAUUUGGACAAGUUUACAUGUACUGUAUUGAAAAUGAUAUAAGUAUGGAAGAAUUAUUAAAAAUGUUAAAAGAAAAAGCAGAAGUGUUAGAAAAUAAAUAUAAUGAUUUAUUAAACGAAUUUAUUGAUAAAUAUUUUCCACUAAGCAAUGAACCGUUAUUACCAGACUUUAAAGAUUUAAAUUAUCCAGAAAAUUUACCAACAUUAGUAAUUGAUUUAAAUUAUGUAAUUGCAAAAUUAGAAUAUGAUAGAAAAACCGGAUGGAGAGUGCUCAAGAGACCUUAUGCUGAUAUGUUUUUUAAAGAAUUAUCAAGUUUUUAUGAAAUUGUUAUUUGGUCUGAUGAUAAUUUCCCAGUUGCACAAGAAGUUAUUUCCAAGUGGGGUAUUCCAGCUAUUGGCUGUUUACACAGAGAUCAAUGUUCCAAAAAAAAAAGACAUUAUGUAAAAGAUUUAAACAGAUUAGGUAGAAAUCUGGAUCGAGUAGUUAUAAUUGAUCAUGAUGCUCAUGCUUUUAUGCUUCAACCAGAAAAUGGAAUUCUCAUCAAAGAAUUUAAUGGUGAUGUAAAUGAUAAAGAAAUUUUUUGUUUAAUUGAUUUAUUGAAAUCUUUUGCCAUUAGCACCUAUGAUAUCUCUCACUUCUUGAAAAAAUAUGGUGGCGGAGAUUACAACAUUGGAAAGAGGUACAUGCAACUCAAGAGCGACACUGAGCAAAAAUCACAAAGGAUUAGAAGUUUUGGAAAAAUUUUCCACCUUGAUAGUAAAAAAACACCCAACGGAAUUUCCUUCAAUUCGUGA